GGCGGGGCUUAGGCUCAAUGGGGCGCCGGAGGCGCGGGGGUGGAGCGCAGCGCCCAUUACUGUCGUCUUCACCGUCACCGCCGCGCGUCUUCCUGGAUUCAUUCAUUCGUUUUUUUUCAUUCACGAAGGUAGUGAGGCCUGGUUGAAAGCCAUGGAGAGCGUUUUGCCUGCCACCGGUUUCCUGUACUGGGUGGGCGCCGGCACCGUGGCCUACCUGGCCCUGCGUAUCUUGUGCUGGCUCUUCACGGCCGUUCGGGUCUGGGGUUUGGGUAACGAGUCGGGGGUCGGACCGAGGCUCGGUGAAUGGGCAGUUGUCACAGGUAGUACUGAUGGAAUUGGAAAAUCAUAUGCAGAAGAGUUAGCAAAGCGUGGAAUGAAAAUUGUCCUUAUCAGCAGAUCACAGGACAAACUGAACCAGGUUUCCAGUGAGAUAAGAGAAAAAUUCAAAGUGGAAACAAAGACCGUUGCCGUUGACUUUACGUUAGAAGAUAUUUAUGACAAAAUUAAAACAAGCUUGGCAGGUCUUGAGAUUGGUGUUUUAGUGAACAAUGUGGGAAUGUCAUAUGAGUAUCCGGAAUACUUUUUGGAUGUUCCUGACUUGGACAAUACCAUCAAGAAACUGAUAAAUGUUAAUGUCCUUUCUGUUUGCAAGAUGACACGGCUGGUCCUGCCUGGCAUGGUAGAAAGAUCUAAAGGGGUAAUUCUGAACAUCUCCUCAGCCAGUGGCAUGUACCCAGUCCCGCUGUUGACCAUCUACUCUGCAACCAAGGCUUUUGUAGAUUUCUUCUCUCAAUGCCUCCAUGAGGAAUAUAAGAGCAAGGGCAUCUUUGUGCAGAGCGUCCUGCCCUACUUUGUUGCAACCAAACUGGCUAAAAUUCGAAAGGCAACUUUGGAUAAGCCCUCUUCGGAGACGUUUGUGAAGUCUGCCAUUAAAACCAUCGGCGUGCAAUCCCGGACCAAUGGAUACUUCAUCCAUUCUCUUCUGUUCUCAGUAGCCUCAAUCCUGCCUUCCUGGUUGUAUCUUAAAGUGAGCAUGAAUAUGAACAAAUCCAUCCGGGCUCACUAUUUUAAAAAAAUGAAGAAGAACUGAGCACUGGUAACACCUUCGAGUAACUCGGCAGAUGCGCCAGCUAAGCGUGUUUGCUGCAAGGCACCCACCAUUUCCAAAUCUUCAGUUGUCAUGCUUAUUAACAGUUACUGAUAAAGCUAAAUGUUGUCAUAAUUAGGAGGAAAACAGAGGUUGCUUUCAGGAGUUCCUGACAUAUGUUCUGGAUGCCACCGGGAGUUAUUUUGAAGUUUAACAUAAAUGCUCAUAUCAAAUGGAUAUAGAACUAACAUUAGCAAGAACUGCUUACUAUUAAUAGAAGGAACAUGAUUAUAGCAAAUCAGUGAAUGAUAGAGUCAGACAUAAGGCUAAACAGUUUCAUCUGGUCAAAAAUGCUAGUGAUGAUUAUUCAGUAUUUACACUGAAAUGUACUUUUAAAAAGUAAUGGCAAAAAAAAAAAAAAAGUAAUGGCCAGCUCCUUUUUUUUUUUUUUUUUUGGUUUUGUUUUUAACUUUUUAAGGGAGUGGGGAUUCAUUGAUAUGGGAAGACACACUGCAAUCUGCAGAGCACGCUGUAAGGUUUUCUAAAAGCAUGUUUGUACAUUUAUAUAGAAUUUUCCUUUUGCAAGGGUAGCUAACGACGUAAAAAUAAUGGAGUUAUUUUUGACACAUGAUGCCCACUAAAAUACGCUUUCCUCUAAUACAGAUGUCCUCUCAGUUUAAUCGUGUGUAAACACUGAAUGCCCUGUGGUAUGAUUUCUAAAGGUAAACAGGCCAAAAUGUACACUGAUGGGCAGCCCUUCCAGUGCCGCUAAAUCCCUGACCCAGGAAGGCAGCCUUCUUGGACCCCAGGUUCUUUGCUUCUGCACCGCACCAGUACUGCUCACGUGGGUGACACCAGGCCACUCCUAGGACAGUGAUGAUGUUAGGGAAGUGGUAUUACACUUUUCAAUAGGUACCCUAUAGGUACUGAUACAAUUAGUUUUAAUGAAAGAUGAUACAAUGGUGAUGUUGAUUGAAAAUGUAUUUCUUUGGUGCUUGAAAUUAAGGCCAUUUUUUCACUGGUUUAAUAUAAAUUAAGACUCUUAUCAUGCUACGUACCUAAGUUGUUUGGGGAACUUGCUAAGAAAUUGAUUCAGUGUUGUGGAAUAUGCAAGAAGGCAGAUCUUUACCUAGCCUGUGGUUCCCAGAUUCUGAGUUUUAAGCACCAGGAAAUUUGCAAAACAAAACAAAACAAACAGGCAUUUUAAUUGGCAUAUUUAAAAGUGUUUCUAGCUUUUAAACUUGCCAGCCAAGGACAUUGGGGGAAAAAAAAAAACAAAAAAAACAGAAAAACCCAAAUCACCAUCUGCCAUUGGCAUCAUUCUAUAAAAGUAAAGAAACGUUAGUACCCUUAAAAUAGGAAGAACAUAAUCUCAGAAUAAAAAAUAGUCAUUUAAAUUGAAUAAAUUUAGCUUUACAAAAAACACUUUGCGUUUCUUAUACUUUGCCACCUUAUACUUGUCAAAACUUUCAGAUUAAAGAAGACGAAAGGAACAUGCAAAAGACAUGAUCUUGGGUUGGAUCCUGGUUGAGAAAAAUUUUUUUUUCUUCUACUAAGGACAAUUUUGAGACAAUUUGUGAGAUCUGAGUAGUCUGAAGAUUAGAUAAUAGCAUUAUAUCAAUGUUAAUUUCCUGAGUUUGAUCAUUGUACUGUGGUUACUUAAGAAAAAGUUCUUGUUUUUAGGAAAUAUACACUAGAGCAUUUAUGGAUAAUGGGAUAUUAUAUAUGCAACUUAAUCAAAAAAGAUUCAGAAAAAAUAUGUAUACAGAAAAUGAUAAAGCAAAUGUGUUAGUAUGUUAACAUUUGGAGAAUCUAAGUGAAAGAGAAAUGGAAAUUCUUAGUGCUAUUUUGCAAAUUUUCUGUAAAUCUAAAGUUAUUUCAAAAUAAAAAGUUAAAUCUUU